AGACGGGCGCGCCCAGCAGUUUCCCGCGACCCAGGAGCAGCAACGUCCCGCACAGCCUGAACCCGCCCGAGUCGAAGAGCCGUCUUUCCUGCCUGCGAUGCCUGCGACCCCGUCCGGCCUGCCGCUCGACGCCGCCUCCCCGGCUCUGACACCCGUCCCCUCAGAGAGCAGCACCUCCACCUAUGUCCACCGCAAGACGCUGCCCAUCAAGCGCGCCGACGCCGAAAUGCUGUCCAGGGAGGACGUCCAGUUCGACCUCCUCCACCACAUCUUCUCGGAUCCCACGAAGGCGUUCGACGACCAGUCCCCAGCGUUCGGCUCGGGCGUGAAAGCUUCGGGCAAAGUCACCUUCGGCGAACUCUAUACCAACAUCCUCUCUCACUCCUUCAAACUCUCCAAGGUCAUCAAGGACAAGAUGGCGGAGACCCCCGCGUUCGCGACCGAGUUUGCCAAGUUUGCAUUCCUCACUAACGUGGGCCGGAUAAACACCACGAUGGCGUUUUUCCCAGAGAUGAAGACGGCGCUAAGGUCUUAUCACCCCGUCCCAUCGCUCCAGAAGACGGACGGGAACGUCCAAGACGCCCCUCGCAUCAAGAACUGCCUGAAAGGCGCCGUGCUCCCGAACGAAGUCAAAGUCUUCCCACCGUCAUCGCCAGCCGAAGUGCUCGAUAAACUCAAAGCAGGACAGAGGCCGCCGACGAGCGUGGUCAACCUCAUCUUCGUCCUCGUCGGUCACGCAGCGUCCCUCGGCCAACAGCACUUUGAGCCAGGCGUCGACGUCGUCGAUCUCUUUCUGCCCAUCAACAUCCCCUCCUCUGCCCGAGCGAGAGCCUUCCUGUGGCUCGUAUACCGAUACCUCGAAGGCCCAGACGCCAUGAACCCGUUCGACGACGACUACUCGCGAUCCAAUCCCGGCAAAGCACCCCAAAUGCCACGCAUCCCCGCCGAAGAGGCCGCCAAAGAGAACGUCGAUCCACCGGAGGAGAUCGAAUGGGGUCGACAAAUGGGCGCCCGCCGGAGCAAGUUCCUCAAAAAGCUCGUCGAGUCCGAGAAGAAGGGCCGGCGGCCCCCGACCCCUCCGCCGCCGCCAGAGACGCCGGCAGCUUAUGUCCCUCCUCCCCCGAAGCCGAGGCACCGUCGUCCGCCCGCCCAUGCACCUGUAAUGUCGAGCCGAAGCGUAUCCUACCAGCCAUACCCAUGGCCGCCGCCGAUGACACCAGGCUCUUCCCAAGCCAGCUUCAUACCUCCAGGACAGGAGCGUACUAUGCUCCAACAGGCUUGGUAUAGCGUCAUAUCCACCGAUCCGUUGAUAGACUCCGACGAGGAGGAGUAUCCAGACGAGCACCAUAGACUUGACUACCAACGAAGGUUGCACAUCUUGUCUCGCUUACGAGGGAAAGCACCCACUCCCGAACCUGAAAUGGGAGCUAUCGCUACCACAUCCGGGAGGUGACUGCGCCAUAGAGAUCGACGCAGGUCCCUUUUCUUCUUCUCUCUUUAGAGUGUAUCUUUUCUUGGGAUGAUCUGGGUAAUCGUGUCUGUAUCUGCUGCUGUCCACGGUGAUAUACGGGGCUUUCCACUCUCCAAUGUCCGAUGUGAUAAGAAGGGUCGCGAAUCAGUCACGAAGUUCGCAGGAACAAAUGAAGACGACAAGAAGCUGGUUAUUUGCUACACGUAGAAAAGGGCAAGAAAAAGACUCCAAGAAGAGUUCCUAGUCUGCUACUAUCCGCACAGCGGUGGCGAAAAAAAUGGUGGUGGCGAUGGUGGUUUGGCGAAGGACAGUGGGCGCGUCGGGGGCUGGCGAUUAUGCGGGUGCCCAGCGGCGCAGCCGGAGGGUGACGACGAUUAGGCGGGUGUGGCUGGGGAAGGCCGAAAGGCGAGUAGGGGGUGCGAAAUGAGAAGAAAACUCUAGAUAUGUGUUUGACACAACGGCCCGUCUCCAGUCGGGGGUUCCCAACCUCUGCCAUAUCGUACACCUUUCUUUUUUCACCUCCUUCAUCGUACACGACACCUCCGCAGAGAAAGAAGAGAAGAGAGUAGAAAUAUGGCGUUGUAAGGGUUUUUUUUUGCGAUGUUUGUGUGUGCUGUUUCUUUAUGAGUGUGUAUGUUGUAUAUGUGCGGAGUUCCGCGAGGGAUCCAUUGCCGACCAGACCAGAGUACGAGAGAUUAAUACAAGAGCCGAGGAGGACGAGAUUAGAACGCUCCAGGUAACGCGAGGACGGGAUGCGCAAACCCGCAGCGUUCGCGCUUCGCGAGUUCUGCCGGAGCGCUGUGGCGCUUGAGGUGUUUCCGAGAGUCGUCGCGGUCGUCGUCGUGGCCCGUCAAACCGUUCUGGGAGCUCGCAGGGCCAGCGGUACGGCGACGCAGAGCCGAAAGCAUGUCACGGGCGGUACGUGCCCGGGAGUUGAGAACCGAGAGGUUAGUCUCCGUCAGAUCAAUCGGCGAUGUCGUUGACGAACGAGGAACCACGGUCGUCGUGAUGCGCAGGUUGGGUGACUUCGGUGCGCCGGGCGACUUGGGCAUGGGCGCCGAGAUGGCGACAGGGUCCGUGGGUUUCGUGGGGCCAGAACGAACAGGCAUGCGCAGCCUGCCUACGCCGAUGGGCAACGGUUGACGCUGUCUAGGCUCCUGCGCAGGAGCGGUGACCACGAUCGGAGGAGGGCUUGGCUUGCGCUGCGGCGCGCUCGCACCGCUUUGCAAGAACGCAGGCAGGCGGCGGUUCGCCACGUCGUGCGCAGUUGUCGGCGCCGUAACGACGUGGCCGUGUGCACCAAGGCGUGCGGUGAUUUCCUCGAGGGAGGGGAUGGACCGCUGACGUCUGCUUCUAGGACUCGCGGGGUCCCUCGCGCGCGGCUUAUCGCGCGGCAUCUUUACGCCUUCUGGGAGGCGGAAAUCGACUUGCUCGACCCAUGGCUGGCGGACAAGGCCCGGGGCGUUGUUGUUCGCGAUCGAUUCGAAGAGGGACAACGGAGAGACGAGUCCAGGAGACGGGAGAGUGUAGUGGAAGAUGGCGGGAGACUCGGGAGGAGUCUUGGGCAACUCAGCAGCAGAAGGCGAAGGGGGUGCCUUGACCUUGGAGAGGAACAGUGCACGACGCUCCAGCUGCUUGCUCUUAUGAGCCUUAAGGGCGAUCUCCUUGCGAAGAUCAGUAGCCUUCUUCGCGCCAACCGACGCAUUCCGUUCCCGUGAUGCCGCCAGGAGGGCGUCAAAACGCUCUCGCGCGAGACCCUUGCCAGCCGGUGCAUCAUCCGGGCGGAGUGGGGACAGCUUUCCACCGCGACUGCCAGCCGACGGGGGCGGCGACAGCAGACUCGGCCUGUAUCCAUCGUCGUCCGCGAACUUGGGGCUCAGGCAUCCGAAGGGGGACUCGGGUUCUUCAGCAACCUCUACGUCGGGGGCGGGCGAUAUGCAAAUCUCCGGGACGGGGGAUUGGGGGUAGUCCAACAUGUUUGCUUCUGCGGUUUGAGGGAGCGUAGUGUAGGCGGCCAGCACCGGUGUAAUUGUGUGAUAAUUGCACAGGAGAUGUAGCUCGCCCGACAGAGAAAAGGGGGAAGGAGAAAUAAGAGAGAAAAAGAAACAGCGACACACGCACAACGCCCUAGGAACUAGAGAGAGAAGAGGAAAAGAGGAAAGCAGUGAGU